AUGAAGUUAACUGUGCUCUUAGGCAGGUUUUCUCUUGUUUUUCUAUUGUUUCGGAAUUCUGGACUUGAACCAGCAGUGAUGUCAGUGUUUUUUGAUGAUUGGUCGAUAGUGAGACCAAAGAUCUUUUGUAACAACAUAGAAAUUAGAAUUGGUGACAUACACUUGGGAAAUAACAGUUCUGUAACCAGGAUGCUGAGCUUCAACUAUAGAUUUUCUUACCCUGUUGUUUCCUGUGGGGUCAACAGAUUUAUGUUCCAAGAAAAUAAUGGUUUUCUAUUAUCUGAGUGUAAUUAGAGAGCAAGUUUGGAUAGCGUCCAUAAGUUCCAGGUGGCUUGCUUUGUGGAGAGGAUGAAAUUGUCAUCUCUUUGGAAAUGA